ACAGUGCCCCGCGACGGCCCCCUCCUCUACAAGAACCUCCUGAGACGCUGUUCAUAAUAGACGAUUAUCCCGAACGACACAACCAUGGGUCUCCUCGACGAUGCGGCGUCCAUCAUUUCGGCGCGCACCUCGACCUCCAAGCGGGCCUCGGGCUCCAAGUCCCACCGCAAGAGCAGCGGCCACCAUCACUCGCACUCGCGCAAAGACCGGAGCAAGUCCCGCUCUCGCUCGCAGUCCCGGCACCGAUCCUCUCGCUCCACCGUGGGCGGCGGCAUAAGCGGCGUCGCAGCCUCCAUCUUCGGCGGUGGCGACGACGACGACAAUGGUCUCGACUAUGGCCGAAGCGACCACCCCCGCGAGCACCGCCGGCGCAGCAAGGACAAGGACGACGACGGCACCCGCUCCUUCUUCAGCCUGCCCGACCCUUCACGAAGUUCUUUCUUUAGCGGGUUCGGCGGCAGACCCUCCGGAUCGGGCCCCUCCUACUACCGCCGCUCCCCGCGCCCGGGCUUCGUCAGCCGCAUGUUCAAGAAACUCAAGCGCCUGCUGCGGGAUCUGGUCUACUACGCCAAGCGCCACCCGAUGAAAGUCUUCAUGCUGGUACUCAUGCCCUUACUCACAGGCGGCGCCCUGACGGCGCUGCUCGCCCGCUUCGGCCUGCGCCUGCCGCCCUUCCUGGAGCGCAUGCUGGGGCUGGCGGCGCGGGCCGGCGCGGGCGACUCGCUGGGCGUGGUGGGUGAGGCCGUGCGCAUGGUGUCUGGUGGGGGAGGAGGAGGAGCUAGGGUGACGAGGACUACUACCAGCAUGGUGCAGCGCGGCAGGGAGGGCAGCGGCAUGGCCUGGGAGGCGAGGCGGACUAUGUCCGAGCGGGGGGAUUACGGUCUCGGAGGAGGAGGAGGAGGGUGGGGGGAUGGGUUGAAGAAGGGGAUUGCUAAUUUCUUUUCUUAAAUGUUGGGAAAUGAUGGGAUGAUGAUUGAUUUGUGAUGAAGGUAUGACAUGAAACAAGAAAAAGAACUCUGGGAGGAUAUGCUGCUUGCAGUAGGUAGGCGUUCUAGGAUAAGCUGAGUUAUACCACAAUCUCCUUGCUUGUUACUCCAACGGCUCGGCAGCAUGCCAUUUGUGAACUCAGAGGGGAAAACCAAAUCGUGAUUGAGAGGCAAUACUAGUAGUCUAUUCACUGCAAUUCCAUGUCACCAGUCACCUUUUCGCUUCCGUUAUUACGCCUGGUACCCUCGAUCACUCGGCAUUUGACCUCGGAAAACACGAGAUAUCAAACUAUUUCGUCUUCUUCCGC